GGUCCAGAGCUUCGGAGUCACUGUUACAACGGUAGCGACUGGUAACUACUCUCAGUUUAAUUUCUUUAUUAAACGUUAAUCAUUAUGAAUUGUUUGUUACGCUCUCGGUUUAUGUGUUUCUCUGGGCUUGAGAGAGGGCUCCGUAAAAACCUUUGGUGACAGAGAGCCAGGAUGGCAACUGGAAUACUGAGUGAUGCCAGUCAGCUUGUAAUGCCUGAUUUACAGGAGUGCAACUUAGCACCAGGUACAGAAUACCUGAAACAGGUCUCACAGUUUGUAUCCAGAUGUAGACACCAAUUGGUAAAAUUGAAGAAACCAGUGGGUGCCACAUUGACGAUAGCGCAGCUUGAAGACACCAUCUACCGAGAUGAAGAUGAUGAGGUGAACGGGUGGGGAAAAUUCUACCUUCCAAAGAUAGUAAACAUGCAGGUUGUAGGUGUAGUGGAUGGCAUCCCAUGUCCGUGUAAACAACUUGUUCUGAUGACCUGUGAGGACAAAAAGAUGUACGCCUAUGAUGGAGAGGAGCUGCAUGUAGUAGCUUCAAGCCUGAACUGCCUAGAUGACAAAGGAAUAGAGUAUCCCUCAUCCAAGAGCUAUUACAAUGGAGAGGCCUUCAAAGAUAUGAGUGAGGAGGACUGGGAGGAAGUGAGGAGGGGCCCUGUGGGGAGGAGAUUGGAGAAAGAACAUCAGAAACUUGUGGCAGAGCAUAGAUCUGCAUUCUUGGAAUGUCUCGAAUAAACAGGACACACUCAGAUUCUGGUGUUUGCCCAAAAGAAAGGAUAUGCUGCAGAAGUCAUCAUUUCAAAAAUUAUAACAUUAUAAUCGAUCAUGCACAGCUCCCUCUGACCACAACACUGAUGUCAGCGCCAAGGCUGAAUGUGUAUUAUGAUACAUGUACUGCUUACAUCAUAUAUACAUAGUGAUUUUUCUGGAUUUAUGAUUCACACAGGUUUUCCAUCCUAAAAGUGCCUUUUUAUUUUGAUGGAUGAUAAAAUUAAAAAAUCGGAAAAGUCUAGGACACAGUAAGUUUUACCACUGUAGCUACGGAUGGAGUCCUGCAUUAACAGUAAAAACAUAGACAAGCUUAGUCGCAUAUACAGGCUUAUUUGUAAUCUCUUGAAUGUGCAUUCUGUGGACUGUGAAUGGGAACUGGGACUGGGAAUGAGACAGAUGAAAAGACUGAAAAUAUCUAACCCCACCCUCAGAAAAAUGCCUCACAGACAGUACUGUCUUUGUCAGGAGGUAAAGUAUGAGCUCUUGCUGUCAGUGAAGCAACAGACUUGUUUUCUUGCCUAUCUUGUGUCAUUGAUUGUACACUCAGCUGUACUAACAUACAAUGAUUAAACCAAACACAAUUAAGACUUA